GCGCCCUCUCCGCUGCCCUCAGUUUGGGGUGAGAAGACCCUCUGGCGGUGCUGGCGAGCUGUGUGCUCUGGCCUCCAUGGGGCCGCUGUUUACACUCUUGCUGGCAGCGCUGGCCGACUGCCUGUGUCCAGCGAGGUCCUGCAUCAUAUGUGACCCGUUUGUGGUGGCUGCACUAAAGACUUUGGAGCAGAGUUACCUGCCUGGCCACCUGGCACCCGAGUAUCAUGAAAACCUUAUGAAGAAGGUGGAGCAGACAGUGAAGGACUUUAAAGACCUGCCUUUGAAUCAGGACACCUACGUGGGGGCCGUGGAUGAGGACACACUGGAACAGGCAUCCUGGAGUUUUCUGAAGGAUUUGAAACGUAUCACAGACAGCGACGUGAAAGGAGAGCUCUUUGUAAAGGAAUUAUUCUGGAUGCUUCGUCUACAAAAGGACAUCUUUGCCACGCUUGCUACACGGUUUCAAAAGGAAGUUUAUUGUCCCAACCAAUGUGGCACGAUGCUGCAGACCUUGAUCUGGUGUAAUAGGUGUGAGAAGCAGAUCCACUCUUGUCGGAAAUCCUUGGACUGCGGGGAGCGUCGGAUAGAGGUGCAUCGGUUGGACGACAUGAUCCUGGACUGUCAGCUCAGUUGGCACCAUGCUUCUGAAGGACUUACGGAUUACAGUUUUUACAGGGUUUGGGGGAACAGUUCUGAGACCUUGAUGACCAAGGGGAAAGAUCCCUACGUAACCAAGACGAUGGUGGGUCCCGAGGAUUCCGGCAACUACCGCUGCGAACUGGGAACCGUCAACUCAGGUCCCGCCACUAUCAUCCAUUUUCGUGUCAUAGUAUUGCCCCCAAGGAUCGUAGAGGAAAAACCACCACCAAACGUCAUAGCCCAAGAGGAGGAGACCCCUGGCGAGGUGACGGCAGAGACCCCGGAUCCGGUACUUACAAUCACCCAUUCUCCAAAACCACCGACAAGCCUGAAACAUCGCCUUUUUAUACUGCUGAUCCUCGGCUUCGUAGUUCUUGUGGCCAGCAUCAUUGCCUCGGUACUUCACUUUAGGAAGAAAGCCAGAGCUAAAUCAAAGACCUCAAGUUUGGAGGUCAAAUCUACACCUACGACAGAGCUGGAGAGGCCCUCUAUACAGCUGGAGUCAUCCGAACCGGUCGAAUUGAAGCUCUCUCAGUCAGACGCUCCGAGUGGCACUAAGGAAAUAGAGGAAGAAGAGGCCGGGGAAUCAGAAAGCUAA